CAGAAACUUUUCAACGGGGAAACUAUGAUGGAAACUUAUCUAUGCCCCGAGGCGUUGCACUUCAUUUCGCAACCAGCGUGCGUAAACAGGGAACCGUGACAUUCAUCGGCGCCGUAGUAGUAUCAUCAGUACCUUACUGCUUUAUGGAUCGAAACUAGGUGUACUUUUAUACGGUGUUGCAACUGUCGUGAGCAGUCUGCUACACGGUGAUGAGUUCCCAUCGCUCGCUGAACUCCUCCAAGCGCGGAAUGGCGUGUGCAAGCAGUCAACAGGUGAAAUAUAUUUACGAGUUGCCAUAUGCUCAACGGAAUAAGCUGUGUAGACUGUUGGACGCCGGCGGACGAUGGAAAGAACUGGGUUUCAACUUUAUGCACAUGGACCACGUUAGUAUCAGCCUCAUGGAACAAGCAAUUUUGCGAAAAGAAAGCCCAACCGACGAACUUUUGCACAAGUGGGGUGAAAAGAAUGGCACAGUGAAUCAGUUGUUUGUUUAUUUGUACAAAAUGAAGCACAUGCAGGCAAUGCUCAUCAUCAAGGACUUUGUGAGCCCAAAGUAUCGAUACCUCCUGGACAGAGAAGAAACAACACAGUUGGAUAGCGCACUUCUGAGCAGCAAUAUGUACCUUCACUCAUCUCCAGUGCUCAAAGGCACCGCACCACCAGCAGAUUCUGCAAUGGGUGCUGCUGCUUAUAGCAAGAACUUCUACCCUGAUGACUGCCACAUGAAUAUGGACAAAGGACAUUCUCAAGCCAAAGUGAACAGCUCCAAGGUCAAGAUGGUGUAUCCUGGAUUGCCAGGGCAGGGCAGCAGAAGUCCCAUGCAAGUACCCCAGAGCACAUUGCCUUCAGUCACUAACAACUGCUAUGCCAAUGGAAAUAACUUGUACCCUCAGCUUCCAAAAUGCCAACCAUGUGAUGAACCUAAACCCAGCAGUCCCGAAGGAAAAGUGCAGAAUGUUGCCCCCGAAAGAGUUCAGAGUGUGGAUGGAAGGUCCAACAGGCAAGGAGCAGCAAGCACUGCAAAGGAGCCAAGUGAAGGGCAGCCUCUUGUGAAUACGAUACCUUACGAGGAACUGAGGAAAGCCACGGAGGGCUUCAGUGACAACAAGAUCCUUGGCAAGGGAGGCUUUGGAACAGUCUACAAGGGUUGUUGGAAGGACACAAUAGUAGCUGUUAAAAGGCUACAUGUGAAAGAGAAGGACGGUGACAUAAGACAGGAGCAAAGCUUCAAGCAGUCACUGACAGAGAUGAAGGUGCUACAAAGUUGCCGCAUCGACAACAUUCUGCCUCUCUAUGGUGUCUCUCUCGAUGGACCAGAACCCUGCAUUGUCUACCAGUAUAUGCAGAAUGGUUCACUUGAAGACAGGCUUCGCUGCAAGCACAACACGCAAACCCUAAACUGGACACAGAGAGGAACAAUUGCCAAGGGUGUUGCUCGUGGGCUGUACUUUCUUCAUACUAGUCUGGUUGAUGGCAAGCCACUUAUUCAUGGCGAUAUCAAGAGUGCAAACAUUCUUCUGGACACCAACUUGGAGCCAAAAAUAGGAGACUUUGGCUUGACUAGAUAUGGGCCUGAAGCGGACCAAUCCAUGGUAGUGGUGUCCCAUGUUCACGGCACAAGGUAUUACCUCCCUCACGAGUACCUGAAGAGUAGGCAGCUUUCAACCAAGGUGGACAUCUACAGCUAUGGAAUUGUUCUUCUAGAGCUUGCUACCAGUAAGCAUGUCUAUGACAGGCGGCGUAAGACCCGAACACUGAUCGAGACGGUACAUGACUGUGCGCAGAGCAAUCAGCUGGACAGCCUCAGAGAUACAAAUGCUGGUGACGAAAACCAGGUCAUAUUCAGUCUGCUCAUACAUCUGGGCCAGAAGUGCUCGAGCUACGACAGGAAGGAGAGGCCGGAAAUGGAGCAGGUGCUUCAGCAGUUUAAGGAAAAUCCCAAUGAAGCAGUUCGAAGGCUGUCUCAGGGCACACUGAUUCCUCCCAGCCAGCCUGGAAGCCCAUCACCUUUCGACCUCCAGAGGUGGUAUGACAUUCGACAAGGCCAGGCCACAAAGCCCACUUACCUGACACCCAACACUCCCCUGUCCACCACACCCACCAACGCAGCUGCAGCGAGCCCCAAGUUGUCACCCACGUUCCCACCUCAUGCUCUACUGCCUUCAACGUCUCCUCCUGCUACUGUGGAAAAGGAAAUUGUCCCAGAAGUCUGUCUACCAGCAAUGCUAGAGCAGCCCCUGUCAUCACCAGACAACCAGCUACCCAUGGUUUCUAUACUUGGUGUGACUCAGAGCCCAGCACAGCACUCCGGCGAUGCCAGCGAUGGAGCUGGCAAUGCAGUUGCCACCUCCGCAGCAGCACCACUGCAUGAAGCAGUAGUUGUGACCCCGGACUUGCGCGGCGGAGAGCUGAAAAUGCCCAACCUUGAUGAGCUGGACUUGAGUAGCAUGAGUCUUUUAGAUGAUGACGAGGACUACAAUAGCCAGGAUACCGGUCUUGAGAGCAAGAGUGAGGCAGUUUCAAGCGAAGCAUGAUGUGCGUUUUUAUGGUGACGAUAAUUGAGCAUCAAGCUACAGUGUGAAUGUCGCACCUUUUACUAGAGCUACCACACCUGUCAUCAGCCAUGUACAGUUUGCUCUGUGCAUAGGAAAAUUUUAAGUGUGGAAUAUUGUGCACCAAAGGCAGACAGUCAGCCUUUUGCAUGGGUGCAAGGAAUGAAUGCAAGAAGCUUCUGCACAAUGCUCACAGUGUCCUCACAUGGGGAACAGAACUGGCUGGUGGAGUGCAUGUACACAUGGUCGGGCCAACAUUGUGUUGUUUUCUGGAAUUCUCAUGUGGCGACUAUCACUAUCUCGAAUGUCAGAUGAUUAUACCUCUCUGGACAUUAGGAGUUCAAAAGAAACAUCUGUUCAUGCAGUACAAUUGCAAUGAAUCCAUGCAACAUUGUUUUCCAUAAAAAUGAUGGGGGCAUAAUUUGCCAUGAAAGAUGCUCGAAACGAACAUGAAGCCAGCUUUGAAAUCUCUACAUCUAUGAUAGCACUGAAUCUAUGGUAUAUUUAACAGCGGUUUGUCUGCAAUUUGUUCAGCCUAUCAUAGAAUUCAUUUUAAAGGGAGUCAUGCAAUCAGUAAAAGCACAAUAUUUCAGUGCCUUUUAGCUGCUGUGACAAGUUUGCUAAUGAAAAAAAAAAGUUAUGUGGCACUUUUUUUUUUGUAGGCUUGUUCAGUGUAUUAAGUGGUCCUUCCUUUCUUAGCUUUUGCUGUGUAGUCAUGUUCAACGACAGCAAUAUCUUGUACAGAACAUAAGUGUAUAAAGUUUUGGUAGUUACUUUUAUGGGAACAAAAAGAAAAAAACAGCAAAGUCCAGAAAAGUCAUCUUUCCAUUUACUGAAAAUCCCGAGAAGAAGGUACCAAUGUCACAGUUACAUGUUUCAGAGUAUUUUAUUCAUAUGUUUGAAUGACAAGCUGACUUGCUGCAUUUAUUUUUGUAAUGUUUUUAGUGCCAUAAUCAAAAUAAAGGCGCAAGCAAAAGAUCUCCA